AUGCGUGAGUAUGAACAGGCUCAACACAUGCUCAAGCUCGAUGACAGCUCAGCUGGUAGAAGGCCACACUACUAUCUGCCUCAUCAUGGGGUUCUCAAACCAGACAGCUCGACCACGAAGCUCAGAGUUGUUUUCAACGGUUCAAGCGCCAGCUCCACUGGUCACUCGCUCAAUGACAUAGUGCACGCUGGUCCUAAUCUGAUGCUCAACAUCUUCGACUUGCUCAUUUGGAUACGUCAACUCAAGUAUCUCUUUGCGACUGACAUCACAAAGAUGUACCGGCAAAUCAAGAUACACCCAGAUGACAAGGAUCUUCAACGCAUCGUGUGGGUGAACGAACAGCACGUUAAAUCUCAUUUUCAGCUUACCGCAGUAUCCUAUGGAACUAAGUCAGCACCGUUCCUGGCUGUACGAACGCUCCUUCAGCUUGCUGAAGAUGAAGGCUCUCAGUAUCCUCUUGCUGUCAAACCGAUCACUCACGGGCGUUACGUUGAUAACAUCUUCGGAGGAUCCCAUACAGUGGAACAGCUCGUGGAGACUGCUCACCAACUCAUACGGCUCUGCCAUGCGGGCGGAUUCCCGCUGGCCAAGUGGCACUCUACUUCUCAGCAACUGUUGAGAGAGGUCUCGUCUGAGCUUGGCGAGACCUCAGGCAUCUCAUUCGAUGACUGUGAUAAUAAAAUCCUUGGUAUUCGAUGGUCACCUCAACAGGAUGUGUUCGACUUUUCAACAAUUUCGUCUGCUCUCUCCAAACGAUUCUCAAAACGUCUCGUCCUCUCAGAAGUAGCACAGAUAUUUGAUCCAUUAGGCUUCGCCUCUCCAGUCAUAAUAAAAGCUAAGAUCUUUCUUCAGUCCCUCUGGUUGCACAAUCUCGACUGGGACGACUCACUCUCAGAACAGCUCAUUUCCUAA